AUGUAUCCGCCACUGGAUAUGUCUCGCUUCAUGCAGACGACGAGUGAGGGCAACGACAUUGAUAGUGAUCCCAGGAGCGAAUCUUUUCACAUCGGCGCCAAUGCUGUGAUGAGACCAGACUCGGUUGCCCCUGCAAUAACGCGUCAUGUUGCCAUCACCCAACAGAGGAGCACUUCAGCGCCGACAAGCUCUCAGACAUCAUCUCACCCUCUCACAGCCACUACCAAUCAAGAUCAUAAAACAUCAUCAGACACAAAAACUUCCAAACUCAAUUCUGGAAGCGACCCGGGAGUCGUUCAGCCACCGUCGACACCACUGAGCUUCAACAUGUCCCCGUCCCUCUUCCACGCAGCCCGCGCCGCCAAACAAGGCUCCUCGGAAUCAUUCUGGUCACACGCAAUGUAUCAGCGCACCAGCGACGAGGGAGUCAUUGAAAAAGUAAAAGUACACUAUUGCACCAGCAAACACACCACGGAGGAGGUCUGCAGGAAGCACUUCUUCGGAGAGACAGUCCUCGGCUUCGACCUCGAGUGGCUGCCCUACGCGACCCGCAACGACGGGCCGCGAGAAAACGUAUCUCUCAUCCAAAUUGCGACUACAAGCCGUAUCGGCCUCUUCCACGUCGCCAGGUUCGGGCCAGACGAGGACCUCGUCCCCCCUGCCUUGCGCACAAUCAUGGAGGACGCCAACGUGAGCAAAGUUGGCGUCCACAUCAAAGGCGACUGCACCCGAAUGAAGAACUACCUCGGCGUCCAGGUUCGGGGGAUUUUUGAACUCAGCCACCUGUACAAACAGGUCAAGUACACCGCGGCCAAGACGCCCAAGCUUGUCAACAAGGUGCCGGUCUCGCUGUCAACCCAGGUUCACGAAGUUCUCAAGUUGCCGCUGUUCAAAGGCGACGUGGUACGGUCAAGUAACUGGAUGAAGCGCUUGGAUUACCAGCAGAUUUUAUAUUCUGCAUCAGAUGCCUAUGCCGGCAUACAAUUAUACCACGUCCUCGAAACGAAUCGCAAGGGACUGGACCCGUGCCCCCCAAGACCUCACCACGUGGAGGUAGGUCUUCCGAUUCCGACCUUAGGGCCAGAAUCAGAGCCAGACGAGCAAGGAGGAAAUCCGGUAUUAUUAGACCGCUCCUCCGCCUCAAAACUUGAAGCUGAGCUGCGGAAUCCCCCCUCCACCCCUCCUCAGCCUCCACUACGAGAUGCUCGCAUCCUCGCGGCCGAGAAAAGGGCUGCUGAGUACCGCACAUCCAAGACUUCGGCCGUCUCAGCGGCGCCGGCCUCUCUAAGGGCGUACUUUGUCUGGCACAGCAACGCAGACCUCAAUCCCGAAGCUAUUGCUCGGCUCCUGAGGGAUCCACCGCUGAAAACAAACACUGUAGUGUCGUAUAUUCUUGACGCGAUUGUUAGCGAAACAAUGGCCUAUGACAAGCGAAGAUUAAAAUCUGAGGUGUUGUCCUUGUUAGAUCAGAGUGUUAUGAAAGCGGGGAGUAGAUAUGGUGCUCUGAUGACGUGUUGCGAGAGGCGUGAUGACGCAGCAUAA